GACUGACGUGAAUGAAGACAAAAUCGUGGACGAGCAGGCACAAGUCCAGUUGAACAUCCGACUGCGUGCCACACAGGUCGCUACUCCAGUAGCUCGAGAAGUAGCUGGGAUACAGCAUCACGGGAUAUCUGAGGGUCAAAGACAAGAGAUCAUUACCACAGCCCUGCUUUAGACCAGAGCAAGAACAAGUGCCUUUUCAUCCAAUUUUUCACAGUGGUGAAACCGACAGACAGUCCUGACCAUGAGAAGUGUGCGUGUGUGUUUCUGCCUGGCUCUGCUGCUGCCAUGGUGUUUCCAGAGCCAGAGGAGCAGUCCCGCUCUUGCCAAACUCGAUGAAGACACGCAGAGGGACGUGCUGGCCAUCGACAUCCUAAACCGCAGCGGUGUGUUGAACUCAUUGCUCCGAUCAGAGUAUCACACUGUGCUCCGGCGAGCACGAGCCCCGCGCCCAGCCUCCCAGGUGCCAAAGAGAGCCCAGCAGGGGUCCCGCUUCGCCCUGUCCCUUGAUGUUCCCACCAGCAUCCUCAGUGUCCUCAUAGACCUGGCCAAGAACCAGGACAUGAGAACCAAAGCAGCAGCCAAUGCAGAACUGAUGGCGCGAAUAGGAAAGAGGAAGUAAGAAGCGGGGCCCCUGGAAGCUGUCAGGGGCUCCAUGGACAAAGUCUCACCUCACAGAGGAGUUAACCUCUUACAUUGUGGCACCUGGUUAGAAACAAUGUUAGUUCAGGUGAAAUCAGUCAUUGCGGUCAGCAUCUGUCCUUUAGAGCUUAGAUCUGCUUUACUUUUAUACGUAAGACUUACUUAAAUGAUUAUAUUACCUCAUUCUACACCUAACCACUACAUGGACUGACUCUUGAAACAGAAGUAAUUAGAAAGAAUGACGUAAAACAUAAAAAGACAAUGUAAACAAUGUAAGAGGAGGCUGGUCUUUUGUCUCAAAGAUUAUUCACCCAUGGGUCAGAGACUGUGAUCGGGUUCUGAAAUCUGUUUCUUGUGUUGUGCAUGUGUAAUCUUGAAUUCAAAGAAAAGGUUGUUCAAUUAAAUCCAAUAUGAUAAUCAUAUUUUCUUCUCAAGUCUAAUUCAUUUCACUCUGCAUUGAUAUCAGGCACGCUUAGUAUAAUUACAAGCAUCAGCAGCCCAUAAAGCACAAAUGAACGCGUCUGAGCCAUAAGGGCUUGCGUCACCCCCGGCAGGGUCUGAUGUGUGAUAACAGGACAAAGACAUGGGCAGGAUAUUGACCUCUGAAAGAAGAACAGACCCUUUCUGCAGACCUUUGUUGAUAAA